AUGAAGAACAAUAACGUACCGCAGCACGCCGAGCUGUCUGAUCUUGGUCAGCAGCACCAGCACCAGCAGCAACAUCAGCAGCAUGACCCGGGUCAGAUACAAAUCACCGACCUGCGGCACCAGUCUUUGAACGAGAUCCUGAAGAAUAACAUGGAGAUCAUGAAACCAUCCGGCCAUCAUCAUCACGAUCAUGAUCAUCACCACACGCUACACGUACUGCACCACGGGUACGAUGAUCACCAUUCCGGCUCCGGCAUGGACUGCACCGAUCUGGUCGGUGCGGCCGGUGACAACAACAACAAUCGCAGAAGUGACAGCAACAACAACCAUGCCACCGCGACUACCGUCACCACCAGCCACCAGCAGCACGCCGUCAACCAACGGGGCAUGGCUCACGGUGGCAGUCACGCAACGCCGGGCACUACGACCUCCUCCACUGCUGCCGGGACCAACGCCACCUCCGCCAACGACUGUGACGAUGACCUGAGCAAAAGCCAAUUGAUUUUGAUUGAUGAUGAGCGCAGUUCCCUGCACGACGAUGACGACACACUCACACCGUCCCUACAAUCACAGCUGGAGCGGCUCACUAGUCAUGGAGGCAUAGGACUGUCGAGCGGAAGUCCUGCAUACUCAGCGCACACCGGCGGACACACGGGGAGAAACGGACCGGCGAGCGGACACAGCGGUAGCCACGGUGGUUCACACGGUCCCGGUCCCACCAUGCAUCACCAGACGCUCCAGUCCGACUUCCAACCGCCCUACUUCCCGCCACCCUUCCACCAUACCACCCAAAGUCCACCGCAGCAACAGAACCACGGUCUCGACUAUCUCAGUACGGAUCCGUACGGGCAACCACUGUCCUCGCUACAUCAUGCGCCCCUGCAUCAUUACAAUCAGCUGGCCGGGCUAAGACCAUCGCAGGACCAGCUCGGACUACAUCGAUCUCACCGCGAGUCCGAACUGCAACAGCACGUGACGCAACUGUCACACGGGUUCCCGUACUCCGACCGGCGCAGCGAUUACAGCGGCUCGAUCGGAUCCGGUGCCGGUGCAACCCGGCUCGGUGCCCACGAACAUGACCCGCUGGCACUGCACCAAGCCCUGCAGAGUGCCGUCGACGAUGGGCAGAAUCCGGUGAUAGACGAGAACGCGGGCUUUAUGAGUGAUCUGCCACUGCUCAAAAACUUCCCCAUCACCGACAUCAAAAAGGAUAGCAGCCAAAUCAAUCUCGGUUCGCCGAGCGAUGUGUUCUGUUCCGUGCCCGGCCGGCUAAGCCUUCUAUCGAGCACCUCAAAAUACAAAGUAACCGUAGCGGAGGUGCAGCGCCGACUAUCGCCACCGGAGUGUUUGAAUGCGUCCCUGCUGGGAGGUGUCCUGAGACGAGCGAAGAGUAAAAACGGGGGACGAUUGCUGAGGGAAAAGUUGGAAAAGAUCGGCCUGAACCUGCCGGCCGGUCGGCGCAAGGCGGCAAACGUUACACUUCUGACGUCCUUGGUUGAAGGUGAAGCAAUCCAUCUGGCGCGUGACUUUGGUUACGUGUGCGAAACGGAGUUCCCGGCCCGGCAGGUGGCGGAGUAUCUAUCCCGUCAGUACUCGGAACCGCAGGAGUCCUAUCGGCGGAAGGAGCUGUUGCUGAAUACGAAACAGGUCACAAAAGAGCUAAUGGAUCUGCUGAACCAGGAUCGAUCGCCCCUCUGCAAUACCAGACCCCAGCACAUCCUGGACCCCUCGAUACAGCGACAUCUGACGCAUUUCUCGCUGAUCUCACACGGUUUCGGUUCGCCGGCCAUCGUUGCCGCACUGACAGCAAUACAGAACUAUCUAAACGAAUCGAUCAAACACCUGGACAAGAUGUAUCCGGGCAAUGGCGGCAGUAUGGUCACCUCCUCGCUAGACAAGAACAAAAUGGAAAGCGACAAGAAAUGA